AUGCGCCAGCCUGGUAUAUUUGGGCAGUUGUGUUGGGACACCUACACCUUGGUGGUUCUCGGGUUUCGCCUAGCAGCCGACUCGACUCCAGAGUCGGUCACAGGAGCCGUCGACCAAGCAGCCCUGAAGCUUGUCGCCGCCUAUCCAUUUCUCGCAGGCCAAGUGAUCAACGAGGGACGAUCAUGCACGAGUUCAGGAAUUUACAGAAUUGUACCGUAUCCUCCACAUUCAGAUGGCAAAUCACCUGUCCGACUGAAAGAUUGCACUCAGCUGUGUCCAUCGUACGACGAGAUCGUUCGAGCGCGCGCCCCUUUUUCAAUGCUCGAUGGGAACGUCAUUUGCCCGAUGAGGGGGAUGGGAUAUGUGUAUGACCAAACGGUGGAGCAACCCGUGCUCAUUAUCCAAGCGAAUUUCAUCCGUGGUGGACUGUUGCUUUGCUUCGCUUCUAUGCAUAAUGCACUCGACAUGAACGGGCAGGGUAUUCUAAUCAGACAGUUUGCAGCAGCAAUGAGGGGUGAGGAUUUUGAUCACCAGCUUGUGGCAGCUGGGAACCAAGAUGCCGACAGUAUCGUGCCACCGCUGAAGGAAGGAGAAAUGGCACUUACGCAUGAUGAGAUGCGGGUACCUCCCAUCCAGAUCCCAACCGAUAGCCCCGUUCCUACACCUCCUCUUCAAGAAAAACCGAUCGAGACUGCCUCUUGGACUUAUUGGCGCUUUCCCCAGGACAAAGUCGCCGAACUCAAGAAACUCGCCAUGUCAAGCUCGACCAAGCAGGUCUCCACCAACGACGCGAUCACUGCCUUCUACACCCAACGCCUCACCGCGGUGCGCAUCGCUGAUGGCCGAGAAUCCCGAGACGAGUCAAUCCGCUGUCUCCGUGCCGCUGACGCACGAGCGAGACUGAAGCCUCCAGUACCUAAGGGAUACCUGGGCCAUCUCGUGGGACUCGCAUAUACAGAGUGGCCAGCAGCCAGCACUGUCGUCGAGUUUCCCCUCUCCACAGUCGCAAGCGACAUCCGCGAGUCUUUGCGAAAAGUCGACGAUCAUUACUUCCGCAGCUUGGCGACUCUAAUCUCCAACACCCGGGAUAAAAGGACAAUUUCAUACGGCGCCCAGAAGAAGCUGGCCAAGGAUAUUUUCAUCUCUUCGUGGGCGAAGAUGGAUCUCGCCGAUACCUGUGACUUUGGCCCGGUUUUGGGCGGGAUGCCGGAUUUCGUGCGACGCCCGAGGUUGGACGAACUGCCUGAUCUGUCGUACAUUAUGCCGAAGGAUAAGGAGGGAGAUAUGGCUCUUGGAGCGUGUCUGUUCAAGGCGGAUAUUGACGGGCUAGAGAGCGAUGAGGAGUGGAAGAGGUUUGCGCGAUAUGUAGGCUGA